AUGGAAAGCUCUAGCAGCAAACCGAUCCCACUUCCUUUGACGAUUGCGUUGAAUAAGACUAUCGAGAAGGCGAACGAAACCUUGUGCGCUCAUUCCGUCCGCCAAAGCGAUCCGCAGGAUCUGAAAAAGUACUUGGACACCAAAAGUUGGCUUCAAAAUGGAAAAUUGGCCGAUGUGAGUCAAGUGUAAUAUAAAUUUUUUCUCAAUUUUAGCUGGAAAAGCGUUUGGAUGUGUUGUUGACAAUGUUGGAUGAUGAUGAAAGCGGUUUAGAGAAAAGUGAGUACGAUUUUUUUGGUUUUUUCUUGAUUUUUAUAUUGUCCAUGAGCUGAGGUGGGAAAAGGCCGCAAAAUAUAGUUUAAAGGGCUGAUAAGUGGAUGAAAUUCAACUUAUACGUCGAAGACAGCAAGAGGAUCAUGUUUUUGCUUUCAGAAACCGUUGAUCCCGAUGAAAUUGACGAGAAAUUGGAAGAAAUCUCGGACAAGGUUGGUGAAAUCAAGAAAAACCUCGAAGUUAUUGGCAAAGAAAAGGAUAUCAGGGUAUGUUUUAAAUUUUAUUAGUUGUUUACAUCUUUAGGAAGCUAAACUGACACUGCGUACUCUCCAAUUUUCAGAAGAAGUCCGAAUCUUCCAAGAUUUUAGCCAAGAAGGCAGCUCAAAUGGAGGUGGAAUUGGAAGUUGAAGCCAGAAAACUCGGAUUUCUCGAAUUCAACGCGGGCAAGGAAGCUGUCAGCAAGAGUGAGCAGAAUGCAUUGUUCAAGAGUUUGGGGGAAGUUCAGGAAAGCAUCGAUUUUGUCGACAUUUUCCCGUAUCCCAAUGAAAGAAUCAAAGUUUUGGUCCAAGAACUGCGCGGAACUGUGGUCGGCUUCACAAAACACUUCGAUCCUGCGGUAAAGAUGCUUUUCGAUUAUUUCGUUUUCAAUUUUUGCGGAAAUUUUGGCUUUUGUUAUCACUUCCGAUAUUGUAGUAGACAAAAAAUGGAAAUUAAUCUGUUUUUAUGGCUAUUUCAGCGGAAUAUGGGACUAUAGACGGUUAAUAGGCUUUGAGGAGCACUCAUUAUGUGAGUUGAAGCUGGGAUUCUGGAGAAAAAUUAUAUCACACUAGGCAAAUUUUGGUGGGUUUUGCCCAUUUUUAAGUAAUAUUUUGAGUGAUUUUGAUGUUAUUGACACAGUAUGGUCUUAAUUGAUCUUUUAAAUAUGUUGAAGCUGGGAUUCAGGAAAAAAAUUAUAUUACACUAGGAAAAUUUUGGUGGUUUUUGCCCUUUUUUGAGUAAUAUUUUGAAUUAUUUUGAUGUUAUUGGCACAUUAUGGUUUUAAUUGAUAUUUUAAAUUUGCAAUUCACCAGUUUAACAAGAAUUUUUUAUAUUGUACUAGACAGUUCUUCAAUUUUUCUCAAUAUUUUUACUCAAAUUUAAUGGAAUUUCCGGUUGAAAUCGAAAGAAAAACAAAACAGAUGAGACAGACUGUUGAUUAUAACUGAUUUCUGAUUGGAAUUCAGACGCUCUCCCCCCGCUUUUCCCACAAAUUGAAUUGCCAAGAAUUUUAAAACGCCUCUCUGUUGCAUAAUUCCCAUUUUAAUGGAGCCGUUUCAGAACGAACCCUGCAGCUCGAACACCGCCGCGAUGAAGAGCGGCUCCACCAGCAGCGUCUUGGCGCAUCGUCAUAGUCUUCAGUAA